AUGUCGAAAAGAUCAUAUCCAACAGCUGGUUUAUGUUAUUACACAAUAAAAUUGAUUCUUAAUUAUUUGGUGAAAGAUGAAUCUACUGUUAGUACCUUGAAAAAAACAUUAAAACUUAUGUUAUUAUCGAAAUUCGAAUGUUACUUUUUCUCCGAUGACAAUCAGUUGAAAUUAUUGAAGAAAUAUUCUUUCUUCGACCCGCUUGGAUUUUCUGUUCUUGGAGAAGAUGAUGUUCGUAUUAUUGAACAAGAAAUCAAACAAGUGGUUCGAAAUGAAAGUAUCCAUUUGAAUGAUCCAUUUUCAACUUCAUCGUCCGAAUCUAUUCCAUCAACAUUACAACCAAUAGUGACAGCUAGUGCAUCACAAACAUCAGCAUCAGAUCACAAACAGUCCUUAUCAACAAUUGAUCAAUUUUUGUUAGCUUGUGGUGAAUCACCUAUUAGUAAUUUACAGAAAAGUCAAACUAGAAAAUUAACUAUUGACGAUGAAUUAUGCGUUUAUAAAGAAGUUGUUAGUAGCUUUUUUCGUGAACAUAAAACUCAAGCUUUUGCUCUCGAAUUCUGGAAGCAAAAUUACUCAAAUUUCCCGAUUCUAGCACAACUUGCUAGGGCUUAUUUAUCAACGAAAGGAAAGAGCUCGCUUAAGUCCAGAGAGUUUAAGUUAUACUAUGUUUCUGAAAGAUAA